UGAAAACCCCGAAAUUUGUAUUAUUGAUAUUUACUACUUAAAACGUCCAUUUUUAAUUGAAAAUUCAGGGUAUAUACUGGACCCAAAACUCUAAUAAGUCGUAAGUUGACCUUUAUAGAAAGUUUUAAAGAUGUGAUAAAUGCAACGAAGAUUUUUUAUUCUAAUCUAGUAAGAAAUAUAUCGUAGAAUGAAUCAUUUAGACUGUCUUGAAAUCAAAAUAAAAUGUAAAGAAGAAAAAGCCACUUUCAAAUAAACGUCGUGGGGAAGAAGACAUAACCUUGAAAUGUCAAACUAAAUUUUAGUGAAAAAUGACAUGAAGUAAAAUGAUUUUCUAUGGACAUCCGCACUCAUCAAAAACUCAUUAAGCAUGGUCAACUCAAGCAAUCAGUUUAUCCAGUCAAAGUGAAGUCAAAAAAAAUCGAAAAAGUCGUAAGCUGCCCUUCCAUAUAUGAAAGUUGCAAAGAUGUUAGUCAAAAAUUCAUCAAUGAUUCUCUAUUUUCAAUAUAUUUCUCAUCAACAAGUAUACACAAGAAUUUACAACCGUUUUGGGGAAAAUCAUUUGAUCAUUUCUUUUUAAGACCAAGGAUAUUAAAGCAAAUGGUGCUGAUGGGAUUCUAUCAAGCCAGCAAAGUCCAGGAGAAAGCCCUACCCUUACUACUAUCCAACAACUACCAAACAUGUUUGGUACAAUCGCAAUCUGGUACUGGGAAAACAUUGGCGUACGUGGCAGCUAUGCUAACAAAGAUUGACCUUACCAAGAACUACUCGCAAAUUCUUUGCAUUGAACCUACUGGAGAGAUGGUUCAUCAAACCUACGAACUACUUAGAGCUCUAUCUCUUGAUUACCCCCAAUUAAAAGUGUUCUGCAUUGAUAACGAUGAGGCACAUCAAUUUCAAAGAAAAGUUAACCAUCAAAUAGUAAUUGCAGAAUGUGGUGCUAACCUACAACAUUACAUCGACUCAAGAGCAUUUGAUAUAUUUUAUCUCGAUAUAAUAGUUUUCGAUGAAGCUGACCUAAUCAUUAACAAGCAUAAGAAACAGGUUAUUCUUUUGAAUAAAUGUGUUAAAAGGUCGUGUCAGUUUUUCUACUUCUCUGCAACCUACGAUACGCAGAGUAAAUUAUUUAUUAGAAAUCUAGCUACAACUUAUGCAGAAAUCGGCUUAAAAUCUGACGAAUUGUUUUUGAGCCCUAUAAGUCAAUUCUACGUAAAGUGUACCAACGAAAAUAAGUAUUUGGCCCUAAAAACUAUAUAUCAACAAGUCAGAAAAGGGGUUGUUUUUGUAUUCACUUACUCAAGGCGAAAGGUUGUAGCUUUAGCUAAGCUAUUAAAUGAUGAUGGAAUUAACAACUUUUUUAUAAGGGAUGACAACGAUAUAGAUGACCGUAUGUAUGUCUACAAUAGAAUCUUAUCAUGCCAAAGAGGCAUAAUAAUAACUACUGACCUUUGGGCACGGGGCAUAGACUUAGACCCAAAAAUGGUCAUAAACUACGACCUACCGAUGAAGGUAUCAAAAUCCUCUUUUACCAUUGAAAUGUAUCUUCACAGAAUUGGCAGGACUGGAAGAUUUGGCAAAGGCGGAGUUGCCAUUACUCUAGUACAGUGUUUCGCCGAAGAGUUGAUACUAAAACGUGCUGAAAUCGAGUAUGAUUUCUCUAUUAGAAGAUUGACCCUGGAUUUUAAUGAUUUAAAAAUUAUAAGAAAUUUGUGCUUGUAACAAU